UUGUCAGGAAAUUGGGAAGAAGCUUUGGAUGACGCUACAGUGUCUGCUCAAUUGGCACCAACUUUCAUUGAAGCAAUAGAAAUCGGUAAGUUCUCUGCAAUUCCUGAGACAUGCAGAAAAUGUCUCCGAGGAUGACCGAAAGAUUGGACUCAUCUGACCAGUUGAUCAUUCAGGAAAAAAGCUUGUGCUGGGGUUCCGCAUUGUCUGAUCUCCUUAAAUCAUUUCACAACCUAAUUUAUUGUCUUAAUUUCGACUUUGCAUUUGACAGAUCUUCUUGCAAAAGCACAAUGAAAAUUCCAAAUUUCUCAUUUUGAAAAGUAAUCCGCCUACUCUCAUAGGGUUUUGGAUUAAGUUGUAAGUUUUGAUAGUUAAUGAAAAAGCUGCUAUAUCAUUACGUAUAUUAUAUAAACUGUGAUGUUUUACAAUGAUUACCAGGCCUGAGAAAUGUUUUACCAGCACACGUGUAAAAUUACGAUGAGCCUUACCGCCCACGCACUUUACAACUUUUUUUUCGAGGGUCGAGGAUCCUUUUUCAUUUAUUAAUAAAGCCGACUUUUAUUGUCAUAAAUUAGUAUUAUUUUUAUAUAACAUACAGAAUAAUACAUGGCUGCUUAAAGAAAUGGAACUUCUCUUCGAGUGUUCAACCCGAUAUCCCCCUCUUCCCCUGUUCUCACUCGUAAGCUAUCGUGCUGAUCACUCGAAGAGAAAUUCCAUAUCUACGCGCACGCAUGUAUACCUCUCAAUUUCUUAACCAGUCUCCAUUUCACACUCGGUCUCGAGUCUGGUAAUUUACUUUGACUGUGUACAUUGCAAGACAUCACUAAAGUUAAGAUGUGUAAGAUUGAAAUAGAAGUACAAGUUGAGGUCCUUUAUUAUCCGCAAUGCGAAAAAUGAUCUUUCUUGAUAUCAAUUUUUUUCAAUUUCUUUAAGGGGCCAGUGCAUGUGUACAACAACACUUGUAUCAAGAAGCCAUUACCUGGUGUCAGAAAGGAUUGGCAGUAUCCUUUGACCAAUGUAGAAAAAGCCAAUUCUGCUUUGGAGAUUUCUUUCAUUUAAUUACUCAUGUAAAAUAGCGAAAAGUAGGCGGUUCCCAUAUCUUGUUGACUCUGAUAAAUAUACGAAUUCAAGAAACCGGGCGACUUGUCAUUUAUAUUAGACGGCCAACAACACCAGAAAUCAUCUUAAACAGUACUGGGUUCAAACGUUCACCUGAGUGAUGCCCUUAACUAUAUCAGCUCUUACCAUAAUGCUCAUUAGGUGCCAAACAACUCCAAAUUCCUAUCAAACCUCAUGUCUAAAAACAAAGCUCUGUAAUUCCUUUUCUCUCAUGUCCUAUCACUGGAGUUAAAACCGUCUGCUUGCGCCAUUGGCAGUGUCAUUGCCAGCUCCAGUCACCGCAAGUGUGCGGAGUCAGGUGCACAUUUACAUGUAAGCUUAUAUAUUCUUUAACACAACUGAUCUAGACCAUGAGAAUUAAGUGCACAAUUUUUGUCUGACCUCCUAUUCCACUUUGGGCAAAAAUACACCCGUGCUUCUGAAUUUUCGGCUUAUAAACCCUAGUUUGUUGCUUUACUAUGUUGGCGAAGUAGAAUAAAGGAACGUUCAUAUACAGGGAGAGUUUUUUUUAAAAUCACCCAUUCAGGUAAAGGAUUUGUUUAAUAGGGCUUACAUUGAAUACAUUUAAAUGUAUUAAAUGUUAGCUAACUCCACACACUUGCAGUGCACCGGCGGUGGAAACACAAAUGAAGUUCACGAUAAUGCUGGCUGUGCUUCUUGCGCUGGCAGUACUUCUGCUUCUACCACCCUCACCAUUACUGGUAAUAGAAGCAGUAGAGGUAGUAAUAGCUGUAUUUGUAUUACUUUCAGCUAUUGUGGCCAAUUUUCAUGACACCGGAUUGAAUGCUGGCAUGAACUGGGUUGAGUUUGAAAUUGUAGUGUAAAUAGAACUGACCUAAAACUCUUUAGAAGGCAAAUUCUUUGACUCGAGCCUUUUAAGAUUAACAAUAACAAUAAGAAGUUACUUGAUUUGUGGACCGAGUGUGAUAAUCAACCAACGGAUGGCACAGAUGAAACGAGAAUUAAUCAGGAAAUUAACACUAACCGUGGCGAUACCAAAGAGAAAAUCGAGGUAAGAGAAAGUUUACGACUUUAAAAUUAAUCGAAAACCAAGAGGUAACGCGGAAAGGGACGCUUCCAUGGAGGACAGACCAGCUCAAUUUUCCGUAUAUAUAUACAUAUAUAGUAGUAAAGUGUACUAUAAGGGCGUAACGAAGAGGCCAACUCUUGACUGCUCUGGACGAGUUUAAUGCACGACGUUUCGGCCGUUCGGCCUUCUUCAGGUUAAAAAUUAAAAACUAAAAAGCUAUUUACAAUGAUUGCGACUUAUAUACAAAACAGAAAUUUUAAGAUUGAGGUUACGUAAUACAACAAAAGUCUAACUUACUGAGAAGGGUUAAAAAAUGAAAGGCAAAUAAAGAACUAUGGGUGGCAUGUGAAUACA